AUGAAAGAAAGAAGGACUGUAAAUAAAUUGGUGGAAGUUCAAUUACUAAAAACCUUACCUGGUAUUGGAGUGGAGGGACAGAUCUUGCAGGUAAAGCCAGGAUACAUGAGAAAUUACUUGCACAUUGAUAACAAAGCUUGCUAUGUUACUCCAAAUAGUCCACCUCGGAUUCCCGUGGUUGAUGUUGAGGAGUUGCGUCUUCAAGAACAAAAGAAGCACAGACAACUCCAACAAAGACAACAGCAACAGCAACAGCAACAGCAACAGGAAAGGACGCCAGAAGAAAAGGCAGAAGAACUAGAGACUGAGAAGCAAGGAAAGGAGAAAUCUGAUGGCGCCAUGUCCCUUGAAGAAUUGUCCGAUUUAUUCAGCAGCAUGAAGUCUACCAAGAAAACUUCCGAAAAGCCAGAAUUGAAAGUUCAAUCGAAUAUAUUUGACUCGGCAAAGGGAACUAUACCUGGUCUAGAGAUGGAAAGCCGUGAGUUUGAUGCAAUACAGGACAUUGACAAUAAGUUGCCUAAACUUUUGACCUUGGACCACUCCACAUUGCCUAUAAACAAAAAAGCAAUUGCCAAGCAUGUUGAAGAAUUGACUGAGCGUAACGUUGACAUUGAGGGAAUUUACUUGAACUAUAUAGACACUCCUGGGGAUCAUAUUGACACAAUCACUGAGUCGGGAAGAUUCCAAGUUAGACUUAGGUCAAACAACGGUAAGUCAUUUAUAACAAGAGUGUUGGAGGUUGAGUAG